UUAUUUGAAAUUUAUGCACUCGAUAGCAAGUAAUUCGCGUUAAUGGUCGAGCAAUAUCAAUCGCGAUACAUUGCCUCCGAAAUCCGCAACAAUUAAAUCGACAAAUUCGAUCUUCGUGCUCGUUACUUUGUACUCGUGUUUGAAAAAAUGUCCGAAAAAUCGCAAAUAGCCGAGUUUUACGCCUUCAAGAAAAUUCUCAUCACAGGAGCGACUGGAUUUAUGGGCAAAGUUUUAGUAUGGAAGUUAUUACACAGCUGCCCCAAAUUGGAUACGAUUUUUGUGUUGAUGCGAUCAAAAUAUGGAAAAUCUUCUUUGUCUCGUAGAGCAGAAUUUUUCAACUCGCCGGUUUUCGAAAAUUUCAAAAAAGACAAUCCGAAAAUAUUUCAAAAAGUGGUUCUUAUAUCCGGAGAUGUAGGAGAAGAUCGCUUAGGAUUAUCGGAUAAAGAUCGAGAUAUGCUGAUUGACCAAGUAUCUAUUAUAUUCCAUAGUGCAGCCAUUUUGAAAAUGAAUGCAGAUUUACGUACAGCAAUUAAUGUAAAUACCGCCGGAACCAUAAGAAUGCUCGAAUUGGCCCAACAAGUGAAAAAACUCGAGUCAUUUGUUUACAUAUCCACUGCAUAUUGUUGCUGUGAGAAUAAUAGAGUGGAAGAAAAAAUGUAUCCUUCGAAAUAUAAUCCGGAGAAAAUAUUGGACCUUGUACAAUGGAUGGAACCAAAGUUGUUGGAGAAAAUUACACCCAAUUUAAUAAAUCCUUUGCCAAACACAUACACGUUUAGUAAACGAUUAACGGAAUCUCUACUCAAUGAAUACGGGUCUACUGUUCCGAUUAUUGUAGCUAGACCAAGCAUAGUGGCGGCAUGUUACAAAGAACCAUUCCCAGGAUGGAAUGAUACUCUAAAUGGGCCCACUGGAUUUUAUGCUGCUGGAGCCAAAGGACUUCUACGAGUUACAACAAUGAGGCUUGAUAACAAAACCAACAUGAUACCAUGCGAUUUUGCCAUCAACAGUAUUUUAAUUUUACCAUGGGCCAAUUCUCGAGAACAAUUAUUAAAAGAAAUCAGCGUGUACAACAUUCCACAAAAUUCUUACGAUGAUUUAACCUGGCGCCAAUUACUGCACCAUUAUAUGAGCUCUUUGGAAAAAUAUCCAGUUAAUGUAGCCCUUUGGUAUCCAAAUACCAAUCCGGAUACAAAAAGUAUGUUCGUAUAUACGAUAAAAUGCAUUUUCUUGCAUUACUUACCAGCCUACAUAAUCGACUUCAUUUUGCCCUUGGUCGGUCAGAAACAGUUUAUGGUUCGUUCUCACGAUAAACUUGCUCAAGCUGAAACCAUGUUACGAUAUUUCACGGAGAAGCAGUGGUCCUUCGAGCAUGAUAAAGUACUUCGAUUGGAGGAGCUUUUGAAUCCGACUGAUAAGCAACUGUUCCCUGUAAACAUGAAAGACAUGGGAGAAUUUCAAAAUUACGCAGAUGAUUGUAUGGCAUCAGCCAAAUUUCACAUAUUCCAUGAAAGUAUGGAUCAUCAAACAAGAGCUAGAAUAAUGAUGAAAAUAAUGUACGUUGUGGAUAAAAUCGUCGUCGUGUUGAGAUAUUACAUUUUGUGGAAGUUUCUCGUAUUCAUCUUUAACACGCUACGAGACAUCCUCGUAUUUAAUUGAACAAAAGAUACUUCCGGCACGUGUAAAUCUACCAGUCGUACGCAUAAACGUCAUCCAUCUUUUGCUGUAUUGAACUUUCAAGAAAAACUGCAGAAUAAUCCGCCUUCGUACAAAUAUACGGUAUCAGACGAUAUUAUUUAUUUUGUAUUGAUUAGUUUUAAUUUUAAUAAAAAGUAAAGUGAAAAUCACGCAUGAA